AUGAACCUGUUUGCGUCACAGUCUGCCCACCGUCCACCCUCUGCCAGCCUUAACAGAAAGCUGCCCAUCUUGUCCUUCAACCUCAAAACUAAUCACGUCGCAGUGUCAUACGCCGACGUUGCUGCCAGUGGACCUCGUCAGCCUCCUGCCGAGGCUGCCGCCCCCCAGCCUCCGGAGAUCGUCUCCAACGACUCAACAUCCACAGCUUCCCUCAUCGACGUGGACGCCCCCAGCGUCCGCACCGUGAACCCCGACUUCUUCGACCAGGAAGUGCAGACGGACACACAAUCGGCCCGUCUGGAGCGCGAGGCCGCCGUCGAAUUCGAAGCCAAGAAGGCUGAGGCUAAGAAGAAGGCCCGCAAAGCUGACAGCUGGCUCACGACGCAAUUCUCCAAGCUAUCCGACUCGGGCGCCGGUGCUCUCGCCCUUACCAACCUUGCUGCCGUCGUCGGCCUGAGCUCCUUCCUCGGAUACAAGGCCUGGGGUCUGUAUGACCGAGGGCGUCUGUCCUGGGACAACAUUGGUGUUGGCAUCGGCAUCAUUGCUGGUGUGGGUGCCCUCCAGUCGGUUGUGGGAAGAUAUCUCUACAAGACCAAGGGAGAUAAGAGUUCUUAA